GACCUUGCACGGAGAGGCGAGGUAACAUGUAGACCGGUAGUCGCAGUAUCAAGAUCGCCGAUGAACAGCGUAGAUAGUGAAGCUCCUACCUACACUAAUGAGACUGCGAGUGGAACGAUCCGUCGGGACAACAAUUGCGAAAUUCGCGGAUCGCUCCCCACGCCUGGUGCUACGUCGGAAAAACGCCUGCAUCUGAUACAACCUCGUGAUACCCCGCUGCCGAAAGCUAUUAUCGAAACAUAUUUCGAUAACAAUUUCGCAACUCAUCCGGAAACAAGGCAUUACGAGUGGGGAAGUGUUAACACAUCCAAAGUAGAGUGGUGCGGCCCAUCGGACACGCAAGGUAACAAAAACGGGUAUACGAGUUAUAUGAUCACAUGGCUGCAAUUAAACGACGACACUAUUCAGCGUAAUCCCCACCUACGUCAACCGCGCGAUUGUACUAACAAGGAGUUUGUCGUAGCUAUUCGCAACUCUAUGCAUGUCGCGGGUAAAGUCGCGAAACGCAUCGUCGCAAGAACAGAAAGAUGUCCUCGCCCAAGUGAUCAAGGUCCCCCUUCUUUUGACUUUUGGAAAUACUGUCGGAUUCAUAUGCACGCGGUGGUUACCACCGGAUGUUCGACUAAAGGUGGAGCCACGGCGUUCCGAUGGAAGAGAAUCGCUAAUACACUGCGCAACGAC